CGGGCAGCCAUGUCGCUAUUGUCCCUGGCCCUCGUCCUGCCAGCCCUCCGGGUCUAUUGGGUCGGGCUCUGCGUCGUCUGGCACCAGCUCUGCCGCCGCUUCCGCCCGGGAGCCAGCUCUUGCAAGACAGGUGCUCAUUAAUGAGUGAAGAAUCAAAAGAUUGGGACAGUGGCCAAGAAGCAAUGGAGAAUAAAAGUUCAGAAGCUUCCCCAUCAGACCUAAAGUUAGUGGCCCACCCAAGAGCAAAAAGCAAAGUUUGGAAGUACUUUGGCUUUGAUACCAACGCUGAAGGAUGCAUAUUACAGUGGAAGAAAAUCUACUGCCGCAUUUGCAUGACACAGAUUGCCUAUUCAGGAAAUACAUCCAACCUGUCUUACCAUCUUGAAAAGAAUCAUCCAGAUGAGUUCUGUGAAUUUGUGAAAAGCAACACUGAGCAGAUGAGGGAGGCCUUCGCAACUGCUUUCUCAAAACUGAAGCCAGAAUCAUCUCAGCAGGUUGCUCAGGAGAACUUAAUUAUAAAGACAUGUCACAGUUAUGAGAAUAAAAAGCAUCAAGAACUGACAUCAGCAGUGGUUAGCUUAAUGUGUGAGGGCUUGUAUCCUCCUUCUAUUGUAGAUGAGCCCACCUUCAAGAAUCUCUUAAGAAUAGCUGACCCCCGAUAUGAACUUCCAUGCAGAAAGUAUUUCUGCACAAAAGCAAUUCCUGAGAAAUACAGUGCUAUUAGGGACAUUGUGUUAAAAGAACUGACUGAUAUCCUGUGGUGUGGCAUAUCUGUUGAUAUGUGGAGAAGUGAGAACCAGAAUAGAUCCUACGUAACACUGACAGUUCACUUUCUCAAUAAUGGCUCUUCCAGCUGCCUGGCUGUUAAUUCCCGUUGUUUAAAAACAUUUGAAGUGCCAGAGGAAAAUACCGCAGAAACCAUUACACGAGUCCUUUAUGAGAUAUUCAUUGAAUGGGGAAUCAAUACAAAAGUUUUUGGUGCAACAACAGACUAUGGGAAAGACAUAGUGAAAGCUUGCUCACUUUUGGACAUUCCAGUACAGAUUCCUUGCUUGGGGCAGACUUUUAAUGUGGGUAUACAACAAGCUUUUCAACUUCCCAAAUUAUCUGGUGUCCUGUGCAGAUGUCGGAAAUUGGUAGAAUAUUUCCAGCAGUCUGCAGUAGCCAUGUACAUGUUGGGUGAGAAACAGAAGCAACAGAACACUUCACAUUGCAUGCUUGUGAGUGAUCGUGUUUCUUGGUGGGGUAGCACACUUGCCAUGUUGCAUCGUCUUAAAGAGCAACAGUUUGUAAUUGCCGCAGUUCUUGUGGAGGACAGCAAUAAUCACCAUCUGAUGUUGGAAGCCAGUGAAUGGAAUACAGUUGAAGGCUUGGUGGACUUGCUGCAGCCAUUCAAGCAGGUUGCUGAGAUGAUGUCUGCUUCCAAGUACCCAACAAUAAGUAUGGUGAAACCCCUCCUUCACAUGCUGCUGAAUACAACAUUAAACAUCAAGGAAAAUGACCUGAAAGAAAUCAGUAUGGCAAAGGAAGUGAUAGCCAAAGAAUUAUCUACAACAUACCAGCAUACACCUGACAUAGACAUGUUUCUUAAUGUUGCAACUUUCUUGGACCCAAGGUACAAGAAACUGCCCUUUCUUUCAGCAUUUGAGAGGCAACAGGUUGAAAACAGAGUGGUGGAAGAAGCAAAAAGUCUUCUGGAGAAAGUAAAAGAAAGCACAGUGAAGACAGAAGAGCAGUUUUUUGCAGUGGCUGAAGAGCCCCCAGUGAAAAAAAUUGUAAUUGCCUCCACCUCUCCUCCUACCAGCAACAUCAAUAACAUGCUUGCAGAAAUCUUUUGCCAGACAGGCGGCGUUGAAGACCAAGAGGAAUGGCAUGCUCAGAUUAUUGAGGAAUUGAGCAAUUUCAAAUCACAGAAAGUCCUUGGAUUAAAUGAAGAUCCCCUCAAAUGGUGGUCUGACAGACUCGCUUUAUUUCCUGUUUUACCAAAGGUUCUUCAGAAAUACUGGUGCAUUGUGGCCACGAGAGUGUUCUCUGAACGUCUUUUUGGUUCAUCUGCUAAUGUUGUUAAGGCAAAGAGAAAUCGAUUAGCUCCAGCUCAUGUAGACGAACAGAUCUUUUUGUAUGAGAACACUCGCAGUGUGUCAGAAGCUGAGCCUGACGAAGAGGAUGAGGGAGAAUGGGGCUUGGAACAGGACCAUAUUAUUAAUUUAAGUGAUACAGCAAAUGUAAACAACAGUUUCUUUAAUAUGAGAGACAGUGGUUUCAUAUAGAUGGAAUACUUAAUGGUCCUUCUAAAAGGAAGUGUGUCUUAAAUUACCAAAACCACCCAAAUUCUCAUUAUAAGAAUGCUGUAAAUACUGAACGGUUGUAACAUAACUUUGUUUUGGUAUUCGUGCGUGUGUACUGUAUGUGAAUGUGGGUGCUGCCAUCAGGGGUGUGUUACUCCAAAAAGCUGAAGCAGGCAAAACGAUUUCAACAACACAGAUUCAGGCAUGCAUUAAAACAUGUGCACUGUCCUUAAUUACUUAGGAACAUGAUGCAGAAAUAAAACAAUAACUUUUUAAACACUUGCUUAGUUUUUCUUGCUAUAGGAAGAUCUCAUGAAUCAACACCCUGAAUGGGCCAGCUUGAUAUAUGAUUUAGUCACUUGUAAAAGCUAUUUGAUAUAGGAUUUGCAAGUUUUAAAAGCUUUGAUUUAAAAGUGUCUGCGUAUUUAAAUAUUUAAAGCUUUUCAAAGGUCAGAUCAUCAAGCAUUAUUACAUAAAGGGCCUAAUUUUAAUUACUUACUUCACAUGAUACUUUCCCCAUCAGAUUAAUUUCUUAAUAACAGCAUGUGCCUUGUAAUACAUCAAUGGCAGUGUUGGAAGCUUUUAUUUCUUUUUUGUCAUACCCUGUUGGAUGUAGUAGAGUCCCGGUAAACAUACUUGAUUGUGGUUUCUCUCCAUCAUGUCUGGUCAGAGAAGGUCAUGCAGAGGGACUGUAAUAUGUACCUGUGAAUAAUUACCUAAGCAGAGUUGUGCUGCUAUCUGCCACAGUACAAAUUAAAGAUCAUGAAUUCAUACAUACAUUGCAAAGAUGCUACUCACGCUUUAGAAUUAGAUCGUCUAGUAUCAACUUCAGUGCAGAUGUUUAGGGCUGGGUAUGUGCUUGACUCUUCAACUCACCUUUUAGCCAAGAGUGUUCCCAAAAUAGGAUUGGUUACAAGUCAAUACAGAAUUUUGCAUAUUUAGGAUGAGGGAUUUCAGUGGGCUUAAGCAUGUUUAUCUUUUUGUUGGACUUCAGCUGUAAUGUCUCUCACCAUAUUAUAAUUUCUCCUUAAUAAGCAGUGGGAGAGUCAGUGGUUUGGGUGUUGGAAUAGGAUUCUGGACACCAGGGUUCAAAUUCCUGCUCAGUUACAGAAACCCACUGGUGACCCUAGGCAAGUUACACUCUCUUUGCCUCAGAGGAAGGCAAAAGCAAACCUCCCUCUGAACAAAUCUUGCCAAGAAAACCCCAUGAUAUAUUUGUCUUAGAAUUACUAUAAGUUGGAAAAGACCUGAAGGAACACAAUAACAAUAGGCAAUGAAGAACAGGCUUUUAGAUUUUUAGCCAAAGAACAUGCUAGGGAUGAAGCUAGAUUUCAAAUACUGGAUUAGGAGAAGUGUCUGGUAGCCCCAUAGUCACCUCCCUGAGUUUGGAAAUAUUUUAUUGUUCCUGACUUUUCUGACUUUACAGACAUUCUUGUACAAUGCUUUCUGCUGAAAUUCUGGAUAUUUUCACAAAAUUUUAAGCAUUACAUUUAGCUUUAUGUUAGUUGAUUCUGUUUAAAAUACUGUUCUGAUUUAGAUGUAAUGUCAUAACGGUUUUAUCUUCUCAGAAUGGGCCAACGGUACGUGUACUUUUUUCUCUUCCACCACAGAAUGGAAGUAACAAAAGUUCCAGUUUUGAAUAAACAACAGUUUAUUUUUAUGUCUGAAGUGAGGAAAGUGAAGCUUACUUUAACAGGACGUAGUUUGAUCAACACAGGAUCAGUCUGUGUUUUCCCAUUCUGAUUUCUCCAGAGUUAACGAGAACCAUAGCUUUCAGAAUUCAUUUGUAAUAGCACAUGGUGGCUUAUGUAAAACGGGAAAUGGUAGCUUUUGGUUCCCUUGUUAAGGAAGAGAGAUAUGAGACUGAGAUUGUCUGUGAUAGAGUCAUGUAGGCAUGGUUUAAUGUUAUGUUAGGGUUUAGCUAAUGAUUGCUUGCUGUUAAUGAGACAAAAAUGCCUUGUAUCGAUUAUUAAAAAAUCAGUCAAAACCCUGGCUUAUAUGGAGGAUGUAGGCAUGUCUGCAAUGCAUGUGGAUGCUUGUUACCUUCAUACUAUGUUCAUGUGUGUAUGUUUAUGUGUUUUACCAAACCAGGUUGAAAAUGGGUUGGAAGGUAUUUUUUCCUGAUCAGAUUAUGUGUGCUAAUUUGAUUUCACACCAAUAUUAUCUAUAAACAGUAAUUUGAGGGCAUAUAUUGAUAAUGUUGUGUGAUUCUUGGUAUAAACUAGGGCAGACAAAUAGUACACCUUUCAGGCUGUUCUGCAGCCCUCAACCCUCCGGACUAACUGGUCUAGUGAGUUGCCUUUCCUGGAAGGCUCCAAGCUUCAUCUUUGACAUCAGUUGCAGAUGUGCCCUGUUUAACCCUAGGAACCCUAGCCAAGGCUCUGCAUCAGACACAUAGCCACAGUGUAGUGGCUAUGAUUAUUCUCCCAAUAUGAUCCACAAAACUUAAAGUCCAGUCAGCUGCACAGAGAGAUAGAGGGACAGCACUGGCAAGCUGGGUGGUGAAGGAUAAUGCACCAGUCUCCUCCUGCCAGGAAUUCACCAGUGUACCAAGUGGGGUCCUGUUGAAACUCCUCAUCGUGCUGCUGGAGGGCUGGAUGCAUCAUCCUGGCUGGAUAGUGCAUUUAAAGGGCAUUCAUGAUUGUGACAUUUCGUCACAAUUGUAAUUGUGAAUAGGUAACAUCUACAAAGUCAUUACAAACCUGUAAGACUAGCUUUUGACAUAAGUAAGGGCCAGUGUGGUGUACUGGUUUGAGCAUUGGACUAUGACUCUGGAGACCAGAGUUCAAAUCCCUGCUUGAACAUAAAAAUCCUCUGGGUGAUCUUGGGUAAGUCAUAUUCUUUUCGUCUCAGAGAAUGGCAAUGGCAAAUCCCCUAUGAAGAAACUUGCUAAGAAAGCCCUAUGACAGGUUCACCUUGGGGUCACCAUAAGUUAGGAAUGACUUGGACACAUACCACAACAUUAACGACUAACAGCCCCCAUGUUUUUCCAAGACAGAAGUGCAUUUCUAGUCACAUCCAUUUUUUGUUCUUGGUUCUAAUUCUUGAUAUUUUUGGCUGCUCAUGUAGCACUCAAAGGGUUGAAGGGCAGAACAUGGGACCCCCAGACCAACCACACUUUCCCACCUAUGAUGUUAAUCCAUUCAUAAUUCCAUUCAGAUCUGUUUCCUCCCAUCAAGAACCAGUUGUACUAAUUGUUCUUAUUAUGUCAUUUCUAUGUCUGUUCAGUAUUACAAAAAUAUAUAAGAUUUCCAGCUCACGGCAGAGAUUAUGCUCAUGUGAGUAUACAGAACUGACAUUUCAGCUAUUUGUAGUAGUUAUCAGAACCUAUUAGCCUUCUGAGACAACUUAAAACUUUUGAUUAUGUUGAAAACAUAGUGUUCAUCUACUAGAACCAUGUUAUUAUGAACAAUUGUGCAAUUUGAACAAACCUUUAACAUACUUUACAAAUAGUGCUUAGUUUAAGAAGAGACACAUGUUUCUAUUUUUAAAUAACUUUCAUCAACUGUUUGUUUUGCAGUGACAAGAUUUUUAAGAACAAUCUUUAGAGGGUUUCCCAGAGCCUCCUGUUUGCCAAAGGGAGGAUGGCUACUUUAAAUAGAAAGAAGGACAGAGAAGUUCUUUUACAUAGUGCAUGUGCAUCUACAUGUAUUUAGGUGUUUAUUAAUACACACAUAGAUUGAGAGUAUCCACACGUCAUGAUUAUAACAGUUUCAUACCACUUUAACGGCUAUUGCUCUGUUCUACAGAAUCUGGGAUUUGUAGUUUGAUGGUGUAGUUAGAAUUCUCUGUUAGGAAGCUCUGGUGUUGGAGCUCAGGGGGCAAUUCCAUAAGGAUUGCUAGCAGAUAAUUCUGAGUACCUCAACAAGUUGAAAAACUGUCUAAAUACCAUAAAGACACCAGAUCCUGUCUGAUAUUGAAAACUAAUCAGGGUCAGCCUCCGGAUCCAUGAAUUUUUUUUAUUCACGGAUUCAACCAUCCAUUUCUUGAAAAUAUUCAAAAAAGUAAAAAUCCCCCAUUACA